AUGGCGGCCACUAAACUCACUGACCUAAUUAGCGACGAGACACGGAGCCUCUGUGACGUCAUUUUUGGUGUCGUCAUCCACGGUUUCCUGGGACUGUUUGGGUCAGUGGCUAACAUCAUCAACAUCAUGGUGUUUGUUAAACAGGGACUGACGGAAACAGUGACCAUCAGUUUCCUGGCACUGAGUGUGGCUGACUUGUGUAACCUGCUUCCUCUGGUCUGGUCUAGCGUGUGUUCGAAUCCUUUGUUUGAGCUGAAAAAACAAACAGAAAACACGGCGUUUGUCUUUAUGAGCUCAGGUAUUCCAUUAGCUCUGAUGAGCUCAGGUAUUCCAUUAGCUCUGAUGAGCUCAGGUAUUCCAGCCUUUCCCUCAGAAUGUAAACUUGCAUGUUUACCCCAUACCAUGUUCCUCAGAUGUUCCUUUUGGAUUCGUGUCUACAUCAACUUUGAGCGAUGCUGCUGUAUCGUGUUCCCAAUCAAAGUGAAGAUGUUUUUCACCAAGACGAAGACGGUUGUUGUUGUCGCCUGUGUUUACCUCCUCAUGUUGGCGUUCCUGGUCCAAGGCGCCGCUUGCCUACAGUUCAGGCCAACCUACAGCCCGAUCAAAAACCUGACGGUGUUUUACGUCACGAUCAUUACAUCUGCCGCGUGCAACAUCGAGCUGAGUAACCUUAUCAACGUCACGGCACGGGUCGUGCUCUUUAUCCUCGAUGUUAUCUUCACACUUAUCAUGAUACAAAGGCUACAGAUGAAAUCAAAAUGGCGCAGCAAUUCGUCUGCCGGAAACACCAAAAGUGUGCCCAGUCUCCGCGACUACAGACUAAUCAAAAUGUUGGUGUUUAUCUCAUGUAUGUACAUCUCUAGCUCUAUUCCCGCCAUCGGCUACACCGUCUGUCUGUCUUACAUUGAUACACUCUCAGGUGUCAACAUCAAUUUUUACUCCCUGAUUUGGUCGGUUGCUGUAUCUCUAGAGGCGUGUGGUAGCUCCUUCAACAUCUUCAUCUUUUACACAAUGAGUGUCCGAUACAAGAGGAGUUUUCUUGAUCUGUUCGCGAGGAAGUUUGGACCAGUAAAAACAGAUGCGUGUCGUAAUGGGGACUUUAAAUAG